CUAAGGCGGAAGUAGCGGAGGGAGGGAGUUAGCAGUUUGCUCGGGCCGCUGCUCCACGGGUUCCACUGCUCCAUCGGCCUGCCGUAACGUCACAGUCCUCGGCAGGCACGGUAACCGCACGCGCGCGCCGUUGCAUCUAGCUGCCGGGGAUGCCUGCUCAAGAGCACAGCCGCACAGGAGCGCAGCGCUCGUAAAAGUGCCUUCCACUGGAUGUUGCACAGGGCUUCCGCGAACAGCGGCGGUCACCGGAACACCAUAACGCGCUUGCCGAAAGCGAGUCAAGAAGUGGCAAAGAGACACUUGCAACUUAUCGUGCGAUCAGUGAACGCUGUCUUCUGCGCGGAGGGCAGGGUGCACGCGUGCAGACGCCCGGCUCCAGUUGGGACGAAUCACUAGGAACAGUCAAAGCUUUCGAAGGCUAUAGCCGACUCUGCCCUCACGCCAGACAUACUAGAAGAAGUGGCAGGCUUGUGCGACACGCCGAGCAGAGGCAAGUCGGCAAGAUGUUGACGCUGACGACGACGCAACAUAGCUCCCGCAACAGCGUGGCCACACCAGCUGCCCCGACCGCAGACAGUCGGUGCCGCGCUGGAGGGAGUUGUGACGUGGCCCGCCCAUGUGGCCGCUGCUGCAGCGUGCUGACGUCGCCGGCUGCGGCGGUGGGCUGGUGUCUGUGACCGCCGGCAGCGCCACCGAGCGACAGAAUGGCGCACGUGCUGCUUCCCUGCGACGUGCCCACGUGGCCCGAGGUGGAGCGCCACCUGAGCCAGCUCCGGUUCGCCCACUCGCCGGAGCAGCUGGUGGCCGACAUGCAGCGCAUCUACGACCUCUGCUGCGUGGGCCUGGACCCGGAGGAACCCCCGCGGGAGGAGAUCCGCCUGGACCUUCUCAAGCGCUUCCUCAAGUCCCUCUCGGCCGACGAGAGCCGCAGGUUCUUCGAGUCCACGCUGCCCGCGCUCAUCACCUACGCGAUGCGGCUGCGCGAGCUGCGGCCGACCGGCGGCUUCCUCUACUGCCUCCAGCAGCAAGAGGGCAUGUUCGCGCUCAGCCGUCCGUUCGUCGCCUCGCUGCUGGCCAACUCGUUCUUCUCCACGUUCCCCAAGCGCACUUCGCGGACCCACCCGACGCUGCUCGACUUCAACUGCUCCGAGCUGUUUCCCUUCCUCGGCACACCGUGCCACUGUGAGAAGCUGCGGAGCCUGUUCGCCUACUUCGACUGCACCUUCCAGGAUGAACCGGAGGGCACCGUGUACUUCUGCAGGCAGCAGGUGACUGCCCCCAAGAACCAGAUGUCGCUGCCUGAGUGGAUGUGCAGCGACUGUCCCCUAUGCCCGCUCAUGGUUCGCACCAGAGGACUCAUCGAGGACGCCGAACCGAUCCUGCUCAAGUGCUAUCCAUCUAGCGCCAACGCCGGAAGUGAUUUUCUCGGAAGCAAUUGCACAAUGGAGUGCUCGGUGUUCCUCAGCUGCCCCGAGGUGCUGGCCGCGCUGCUCUUCGUCGAGCUUCUGGGCGACAACGAAGCGCUCACCGUGGACGGCCUGUUGCCACUCGACCCGAGGCCACGGGUCAGCGGCGAACCGGUAUUCAGUCCUACCGAGUGCUCCGUGUGUCUUCUGGACUUCAAGGACCAUUCCUCUCGGCCGGUGGCGCAGUUCGAGGACGCGUUCCUGCUCCGCGAGUUCAACAAGUGUCUCGUGGCCUUCAGACAGGCCCUCACCCAGCGUAGACCCUCACCUGUGGGUCAGAGCUCGAGCUCGAGCGCGGCCGGCCACGAUCCACCCUGUUUCCACUCGCUGUCCUCUUCCAAGACGUCGUCCUCCCGGAGCAGCGCGCACGCCCCUGACUCCCCGCCAGACAAUCUGCAAGGCCUGCGCGACCACGAACACUUCGUAGAGUGCAAGCCACCGCUCGCAGACCGUUUGGGAACGAAUACGGCCACCGUUUCAGUUGACAAAGCUGACCUGCAGCCCCCGAUCAAGCGGGGUCUACAGUCGGAGAGUCAAGCACCCACAUUAGCCUGUGUAUUGGGGGCACUGCGAACGAAGGUGGCAGCACAGACCGCCAAACCCGAACCGCCAGUGCCUCCGCAACGGUCACCUCGAAAGUUCUUCAAAGUACUGAGCUCCAGGAGUCCGAGCCCGACCCCGCCGAAACCUGACAGCACUCGUCCACCGCCACCUGUAGACACGAAUGCCAGAACUUCGAACGCACCGCCAUCGUUGACGAGCUCAGCUGCUGCCCCAGUUCCUAACAUUGCGAGGCCCUUGGCGACUAAGCCUCCGCCACCUGCCACGAAGAGGAGCCUGCGUUCUCUGGGCGGCUCCAGUUCCAAGGGCUCCAUGGAGAGGAACAAAAGCCUAGAGAAUAUACUUAACAGGAUCUCCGCGAGCCAGCCGUCGACGCCUUCGUCGUCGUCGGCGCCGCUUCUGACGCAGGCCGUCCUGUGCGCCCAGAGGCACCCUUCUCCGAGACCCGAGCGACGCGGCAGCGGUUCUCAAGCGGCUAUGGUCUUUCGUCCGGUCAACCUGUCUCCACUGACGUCCCGCAGGUCUGCCUUCCGGCCCGCGACCGAGUGUCUCCUGGACCUGAGAAGGCAGAGCAGCGGCGGCGGAGGCGCGGCUCCGAUAGCGUUGCCGGACUGCGAGUUUUCCGCACUGAGCAACGCCAGACAGGCGUGCGGCAAGGUCGCGCCGGUGAAAGUGCUGACGUCCCCUCCGGUCUCUUCGCCUCGCGUGCAGCUCUCGAUCGAGUCUGCGCCCGAGGACGACGUGUGGCGCAGGCAAGAGAGCGUCGAGCUCGAGUCACCGGGCGUCGAGCGGCGGCCACCGUCGCCGCAAUGUCCGGACGCCGCGGCGUCGAGGGAGACGGAAGUGUGGACGCUUGCGGAGCAGCAGCAGCAGCCAGCGGCGGAAGAGAGCGCUCCGGCACGAGGUCACCGCAGGACGGCGUCUGGGUCUUCGGCCACGCCGUACGGGUCUCCGUCGGCGACCCUAUCGCUGCCGCGGCUUCCGUCUCAGAAGUCGUGCGACGACGUUUACCACACUGCGGACGAAAGCGUAGAGGACAGCCCGGAGGGACACGGCGCCGGCCUCCCGGGCGAGACUCGUCCGCGCUGCCUCAAGUCGCGCCGAGAGCGUUCGCUACGCUCGCACACGAGCGGCGGCGGCGGGUCGAGCGCCUUCUCGUCGGUGUCUCAGCGCCUAAGCAGGGACGACUCGGCCAGCUCGGCCGGUUUCGUACUCGACUACCGGAGCGACGACGAAGACUACAUCGCCUUCUCGCUCAGCAAGCACGAAAGGUACGAGGACUUCCGGCGCCGCAUCCGCCGUCGGGGCCGGCGGCUUGCUCGCCGGCUCAGCCGCAGCCUGCGCGCCAGCUGCUCGAGCGGCAGCAGCGACAUGGACGACAUCGACGAGGACCCCGAGCUGGGCUUCUCGCGGCCCCAGGCCCCCGCGUGCGCCGUGCGCGCGGCCAACUCCGAGCCCACGCUGCACGUCCUGCUGCCGACCAAGGGCUCGGCGCGCGAGCUCCCGGCGCUGUCCAUCGCCUCCGAGCUGGUCAUGACGUCUUCGCCCGGGCGGCGACAGACGCUGGUCAUGACCACGGGCCAGGGCAUGCCCAAGGCGUACUCUUUCGACGGCGUCAACCCAAACCUGCCAGUUCCUUUCAAGGCCAAAUUCAGGUGCAAGAAGACCUCCGAGGGAGCGAGCCACGCGGAAUCCUGCGCAGUCGGCCUGACGCGGCAGGACACCGAGUUCAUCAAGGCGCACUCCUUCCGGCCGGUGUCGCCCGACCUGUCGGCCGGCACUUCCGAAGAGGACGACGUCGAGAGCGAGCCCGCAGAGCAGGACGAAGACCAGCAGGACUUCGACACGGCCAGCGGCGACAGCGCGGAGAGGAGGCGCGAGAGCUUCGUGUCUGUCGAGGAAGAGCCUCCGCGGGACUCGGAAGAGCCGCAUCCGUCGCCAUUCCCGAUGCGCUUGUCGGCGUCCGGCUUGCGCCCCGUGGCCACGUGCCGGUGGGCGCGCGACUGCCUCGACCCGUCGGGAGACCCGCAGCUCGAAGCGCUCGUUCAGUGGAUCGCCGCCAGCGUCGCCGGCGUGCCCGGCCUCGUCAUCUACACCGGCGGGCAGCCCAGUCUCGAGCAGCUGUCCCAGGUGAGCUUCAAGGUAGACGAGCGUCACUGGACGGUGGGCGACUUGGCGUGCGAGACGCUGCGCUUCUGCCGGAAUCGGGUGGCGUUGCACGAAGGCCGAAACAAGUCGAGCAUGCAUCGGGGCACCACGCUGUUCUCCCAGCUGCUGGGGCAGAACGCGGCUGCGACGACGACGACGACAGCGCCGAGUCAAGCUGCUGUCGGAAAAGGCGGCACCAGAGCCAGCGAGACUUGUGACGGCGGUAGGGCCAUGCUGCAGACCCACGACUCGCUGGAGUGAACAAAAAUGAACGAAGCAACGAAGGACUCGAUAACCCGGUGCCGCCACCAUGCCAAACCGACUCUUUGCUCUUGUGACGUAUGGAAAGCUGGCAGUGACGCGUCAGCGGCCACCUUUCAGUACGGACUCGACACGCUUCUUCUUUUGCGUGUGACUGUAUACCCAGCUGAACUCGAAGCAGCCAUAUCGCGUUCGAAAAGAAUCUCUCAUUUAAAGAUCUUUCGGUAUGUUCAUAGAAAAAGGCGUUGUGUUUUGGUUUGUGUUUAGUUUAUCUUGAAGGCCGAACGAAUAAGUGUUUGCCCGUGUCCGCUGUUUGCUUUCUGUUUGUGUUCCACAGCCUUCUGCGUCCCGUUGGUCUGUUGAUAAGCCCAGCGCCGCGCGAAACAAACGAGUAGUACAAAUUGCGAGAACUUCAACCGUGUCGUAACGGUGAACGUCAUUCUCCUGUCAUCUGAUAUAUGUAGCUUCAUAUAGGGGGCGUAUAUACAGCCGAGAGCACAGACGAUAAUGUUUCUCGUGAAAUUUGAGGUUCGCGAUGGCGCAGCGGAGCUCCAUGUCGAGCAAUCACGGUUUGCCAGAAAGACGCACCUAGUUGGCAAAGAAGGUGAGGAAUGAGUCGCGUAUUUAAUGCCCUGGAGAAACGCCUGUACCCUCCUCGUAGAGUUUUGGCUUUGAGUGGCGGUUCUACAGGUGUAGAGAUAUUUUUUUUAAUUUCUGUCAUUCAAUGGCUGGCAGGCAGUAUAACCUACUUGCGCGUCUGUCCCCGUGCCCGGUGACGUUAGCAAUGGCAGGGCAACUCUGCGCACUGAAAUUUGAAAGGACACGACCCAUGUUAACUAAAAGCGACCGCGAUGCUGCGCGUUUUACGCGAGCUGUAGCAAAGCUUUGUGGUGGGCCUAUCCCCUGUGGUGCAUACUGCGUUGCGUGAGAUUGCAGGAAACAAUCGGGUGUCCGUGACUGAUGGAAUCUAGGGGCACUGGGAGCCUCGAUCGUUAUUCGGCUUUCGUCACUGCUUCGGUAACGCGCGCAGUGUCCCGGCCGCUCACUUUUUUGACACAGAAUGCACGCCAUUCUUGCGAUGCUUGUGUACCUGGUUCAGGUGCGGGUGGUUCUUGUGUUGCGUUGCUUUCAGCACAACACUCUCGCAGCCAUAAAUCUUGCGGAGUCGUGAUCCUCAUCAUGGCUCUUUUCCCGAGGUCGAGCAUUCAACCGCAGUGCAAAUUACGUACUCGCGCCUCAGACUGUGAAUCGAUCACUGCAUUACUGAGUGUCUCAGGUGUUUGCGUGUCGUUCAGACGUUCCUGAGCCUGCCUUUCGCUCUCAUCCAGUUUUCGUGAGGCGCUUCUCGGACUGUCAACCUACCUUUACGACCAGAUCUCGUUGACGUCAUGAACAAGAAUUAGUAAUGGGAUCUACGUGCUCCAGCUCCCCUCUACGUCUCGAAUCUCGAAAACACUGAGGGACGGUAAUCAUGUUGCUACAGAAGUUCGUUCCGCAGGCGCACGCAGGAACAUGAGUUACGACGUCUCGUCGAAGGCAACGUAAGACGCGCGACGUGAAGCGAAUUUGACGAUAGUGCAACUGAAGACGAAAAACACGAUAAUGGAAACAGUACGCGGAUCAGGGAUCUGACGCGAUCAGGCGAUAUUCUAUAGCUUUAGGAGAAGAAAACCGUCCGUGGCAGCCCAUUCAACCUUAUGCGUAUAGAAACGCGAGAGCCGAGAAAUGAAACGCGGUAACGCUAUAACGUCGGGGCCUUCGUUUUGCUGCGAGCCCAGCACUGUAAUUCCAGAAUACCCGCAGCGACACUGCUGCAGCUAUGGCAUUCCGUUGCUCAAUACAAUGUCGAGGAUUCGAGUCCAGGCCGCGGCAACCCAAAUGCUGAUGGGAUCUGAACAAGCCCACAUGGUCUAUCCCGAGCCGUUUACUAUGUAUCCGGCGCCCCCCACGCGACAAGGUUUAGGAGAAAAACCCGUAAUUGAUAUUGGUGUCGCGUUUCAUUGGUUAUCUCCCUUGUUAUGUAUAGGCUGCAGUGCGCAGUAAACAAUAAGCGAAGGUCUUAUGUUAUCACAUUUUAUUCGUUCGUGACUGUACGUUUGCAGUCACGUUGAACAAAUGUGGAAAAAGACGUAUAGGAUAGCAGGGUCGCAGAUUGCUUCUUCCGUCGGAAAUAGUCUUGAUGUUUUUUUUUCUCCUGAGUGCAAGCCCCCCUUGCGUUUACUUGUCAUUAUACUUCAAUAUACGCACACCCAUUGCCAACCCUUGGGACGUGAUGAGCAUGAUGACUAUGUUUAUUGGUGGUGUUAAAUAACAUAAUAUAAGCUCAUAUUAGAGAAUCUCGCGGCACGUGGAUAGAUGAAGCCACCAAGUGUACAAAAUGUAAGGCAGUGGCCCUGCAUAACGUUCCUGCUUCCUUAGAAUACUCAGUCUCUUCGUAGUUACACUAUUGAAACGCUUUUGUGAUUCGUCUCUCAUCUGCCGUCAUCAUUUCGGAGGCGAGUACGCUCUUGUUUGGUGCCCAUCUAGGCUGAGCGCAUCUCUUAGUCGUUUAUAGCUCCAUAAGUCUGGGAUCCUGUAAUUACGGCCUGAUUGUAUAGAACGAUAUAGUCGCUCCUGAAUCGGUUUUCUCUCGCACGAAAAAAGACAAAGCAAGAGAAAAGAAAUCAGGCGCUCAAGCGUAGGCGCGCCAACGUGCAGUCGAUAGUGUUAAAGCUGUUAGUUUCCGGACUUCAUGCAAUGAGACACAAAAUUCUAUAUGCUAUAUUUGUAUAUACCUCUCUCUCGGGCCUUUACAGUGGUAUAAGUUUCGGCUAUUGGUCUCGUGGCAUGCUGUUCUACUUCCUACGUGCGCUGAACUAUAGAAUGCGCACAACGUGAAUUUCUAGUUCGUGACUGGAAGCAAGCACCAGUAGUGCAGCACAGAGCAAUAGACGAGCAUUUGGUGCAGGGUCAUUUUGUCCGAUGUGCGAUCAUCACCACAUCUAGUAAAUCCAGGGUAACAAAUCUCGGCACCGUUUCCAAGGUGUGUUGUAAACAUACGCCGAGACGUGUUGUCGUUGGAUGUGUUUUUCAUAUUGCUUAACAUUAAGUGCUAACACUUCCGGAGACCUGAUGGGGCACAGUAUUGGCGGAUAUUUUUGGGUACUUACGUAAUAUCUGAAGUACAUUUAGUGAACUUGCCUUUGUGUAUAUCUAAAUACAGAUAAACUUUAUUAUCACUAUUACUCUUACUGUAAGAGGCAUUGCCACCUGAUAUACGCCAGAAGGUCUAUUCAAGCCUUGGUCAGUUAAUACGAUAUUUGCGGCCUUAUAUCGCUUAGCCAGUCGUCCCUUGCGAGGGUCGCUUGGAAAAUUAAGUUGCAUUCCUCGCUCAGUUUGGGGCGUUCGUUUUGGUGCUAGAAGAAAACACUGUGCAGCCAUGCUUAGCUUUGAUUUUCGCUUUUUUUUUCAUCUUGCAGUAUGAUUUGAUCGUUAUUUCGAAGAUGUGCCAAAUGUCGCGAAGCUGUCGCAUACCUGCCCCGAGACUUCGGUGCUCUCAGCUCGCCAACUGAUGCAGGCGCACACGCGGCGUGGCUGGACUGAUUUAUCGUCACGGGACUGUUCGAGAGUGCUGUCGCUCUACUCUUUCUGUCCUUGAACAACGUCGUCACUCUAUAUUUACGUAGAUUUACCUGAAAAGUGUUGAUUUAAUGAUAAUCGGCAUCAGAUGUAUUGCGAUGCCAAAUGUUACCUUUGAAAAAUGUUCUAUGCCGCCUGUGGACGCUUUGGUGGCCGUGUAUUAUCACGCACCGUUUUUGUAAGGAUGGCGCCACGUAAAAAUGAUCGCUGCAUGAUUUAUCUGCAGAUAUGACAAACGCGUCAAAGACCGACUGUAUAUAUGGCAUUGUGCGAGUUUUAAAAUCUUUCAGUCUAUGGGAAAGCAACCAUGGCGCACUGAAUACACACUUGGACUAUGUAAAGCACAAAUAAGCGUCUUUCCCUUUUCUUUUCAAAAAGGAUAUUCGUUUUUUUUACACCUUCUGCAAUAUAUUGAGAGAAACGGCCAAUAUUGAAGAGAAAGAGAGAGAACCUUAGAAAAUAAUGCAUGUGCAUUGGAGAUAACUGCAGAAAAGCAUCUACUGCGGCUGAGAGACGUUAGUGCAUACGUUAUCGUACGAGCAGCAUACGACGCGCUUUUGGCGCACAAUUUCGAACAUGGCACGCUCGAAUUGCGUCUCAGUGCCCUGAAAUAUUUAUCAAGCAGGAAAAGCAGAGGAGGAAAAGAAGGAAGGAAAGGUAGGGAGGUUAACCAGACGCACGUCCGGUCUGCUGCCCUGCACGGAGGAAUGCGUUUAUUUCUGUGUUCGUCUCCUGGUAUUCUUAAACUGAACUCUUACCCUAUUUUUUUAUAUAUUUUUUUUUUGGGGGGGGGAUCAUGCCACUAGCUCUUUUGGAAGUGGCGCCAGGUGCCUUUAAGGAAUUGCGGACGCUUUUGGUCAAGUUCAGUGUGUUCUGUGUUAAACAUCUCGAGUUUGCGCGCAACGACAUCAUGUUUGACUGACCGCAGACGCUAUACACAAUGAAGCGCCCUUUUCAACAGUACUCGCGAUCUCUGGUAGCGAUGUACAUGCCGUUGCCUGUUCACUGCGAAGCGAAAAGUGUCUUUUGAUCGACGAGCCAUCGACGUCUGUCUCUCUGGACGAAACUGUUCGGUCCCGGAUGAAUUGCGGCGGAAGAUUAUCCUGAACAACCAGACCCGUUCAAUCGCUCGCUCGAAACAGUUCAUAUCGAACACGCAUGCAAUCAACGUCGGUCUGCAAGCUAGAAAGUGAAGGUGGCACAAAACGCGUUACGUUAAAGAUGGUGGGCGGAAUCCUGUAAUUAUGGGCAUGCUAAGGAUGCUGCGCACACCUAUAAAGUCAACGCUUGUUAAAUUUCCACUGGCACCGUGGCACGUGGCACAGUGGUAUGUACCUGUAACGCAGUUUUACACAUGGAGCCUUCGGAGAAUGCAGUCACGCUACCGCUAACAAAUACCUCGCAGCACAUGUUGCGUGCAUCGAGAGACAUUGCAACCAGAUACGAAGUGGGUUACUUCACGCCUACGUCCCGACGUGUAUGCGCUUGAACCCGAAUCGAACUCUCAUCGUCCACCGCUCUCGCUAUAUGUCGAAUGGGAUAGUUUAUUAAACGAUCCUUGUCGCUCGGGAAUCAGUUUUAACCGAUUAGUUCGGUGCACUGGACGAGCAUUGUGUUACUUUGCGUUUCUAUGUGUUUCGCUGGAAAAAGCACUUGUCGACCUGAGCUCAAUUUAUAAUUCAGUCGCGCGUCUAUACACCGUGACAUACGCCUGAAAAUCGUGGAAGCGACUGCCGGAUCUUCACGGGUGAAUACGCCAGAAUCGUGGACAGUAUGUGUGACCUUUUGAAACUUAUCGAGUGCCUUAUGCUUUGCGGCCUGCGAAAAAAAAAAAAGUGUACAUAAUACCGUGUCUGGCGGCAGGGACGCGGCUGUAAGGCUUUAGCUCGCUGCAUCGCGUUGCUUUGCGCACUGUAUAUACAUAUAUACUUAUUUUCGUGCAGCGUCGGUGAUAGAUCGCCACCACGCAGCGGAGAGGUCAACGAUCAUCAUUUUCCUGUAGCGUUUCGAAUUAAGCGACGUGAGAAUCGUGUUUACGUGCCAGUGUAUUUACGGUGUACGUUGUUUUCAACUUCUGGUUCAAUGAGUCAAUAAAGAUGUUACAAAUGAGAA